ACCGGGGGAGGGAUCACGGUGGGUCUGGGGGGUGUUGGGGUGAGGGCCGGUGGGGGUCUCCCCAUGGGCUCUGGACCUGUCCCUGUGUGCCAUAUAUGACCCCCGUGUGUCCCCCGAGCACACCAAUGGCCUUUGGGUCCUCUACGUGUCCCCACAUCCCCAAGGCACACCCAGAUGUUUCCCACAUAUGUCCCCAUAGCCAGCCCAGUGUCCUUCCACAGCCGUUCCCCAGUGCCACCCGCAGCCCUUUUCCCUGCUCGGGACCCUCCACGGGGAUGGAGGGGCGUGGGGAGGAGGAGGUGACACCCCCAGAUGUGCCCCACACCCCCGACACACGUCCCCGGUUCCCCCAGACGUGCCCCAUGUGUGUCCCUGUGCCCCACUCGCACACCACGCGUGUCCCCACACCUCAGGGCACCCCACAGACCAGCCGGGGGGUCCCCGGUGCCACCGCAGCCCCGCUGUCCCCGCAGGACCUCCCCGCAGGGAUGGAGGGGCGCGGGGAGGAGGCGCCAGAGCCGGAGGUGUCGGAGCCGUCAGAGGAGGAGGAGGAGGAGGAGGAAGAAGAGGAGGAGGACGACGGCUCCGGGGUGCGGGUGACGCCGGCGCUGCUCAAGGCCACGACGGGCGAGUUCUCGCUGGAGUCCAUCCUGCUGCUGCGGCUGCGCGGCCGCGGCAUCGCCCACCUGGGCUGCCUGGCCGACUGCUCCAACCUCGAGUGGCUGGACCUGUCCGGCAACGCCAUCGCGGGGCUGGCGCCGCUGGCCACGCUGCGCGCCCUGGCCGUGCUCAACCUGGCCGCCAACCGCGUGGCCAGCGUGGAGCCGCUGCGGGGCUGCCGCAGCCUGCGCCAGCUCAACCUGGCCGGCAACCGGCUGCGCAGCCUGCGCCAGCUGCGCUGCCUGCAGGGCCUGCGGCACCUGGAGAGCCUGCGCCUGCGGGACCCGCUGGGCAACCUGGGCAACCCGCUGUGCGCCCGACUUCGGCUUCUGAGCGCCGCGAGGCCGCGGCCCGGCCCCGCCAAGGCACCGCGGCCGCAGCCGGCAUCGUCUGAGCUGUGGCACGCCAGAGAUGGGACCGGAGAACCCCAAAGCCACCACAGCCCAAAGCCACCAUCAUCUGAGCCACAGGACCCCAAAAAUGGGGCCAGGAGAACACCCAGAGGCACAAGUCUGAGCUGUGAGACCCCAAAGAUGGAACUGGAGAACCCCAAAGCCACCAUCAUCUGA